AUGGAAUGCAGUGUACAGAUCUCUAAAACGGCAUUUCCGGCGAGGUCAGCACUACUGUUCCUCACAGUUCUGACCUUAGCUUCCACCUUCUCUAGCAAGCAAGAACUCAUCCAUAAUAUCAUGCGCAAAAGGAAUCGUUCAUAUACCACCAAUGAACGGCUGUGCCAACCGUUAACCAACACAACCCGACCAACCAAGUACAUCUUACCAAUCUUGCCCACCGAGCAGGGAGUGAACGUACGACUACGAACUCUCAAAAAUGAAGUAGUACACGAACAAUCAAAAAUAUGUGAUAGGCCAAAAUUUUGUGACCAUCAGUAUUUCUUGUCAAAAAGCCUACUGGGAAAUCCACAUUGUUGGCCAAUUGGAGCCAUAGCUACAUCGGCUAUCCUGAUUUAUUUGAUCAUUGCCGCCCUUAUGGGGAUUGCGUGGGCAAUAGUCAAAAUCAAAAGAAAGGCUGAAUCGAGCACCCCAAAACUCGACAAGAAGGUGGAACGCAGUGAACCAUCUGCCCCAACUUGCAGCUUUGAAUUAGCACCACUACCAUGCUCAACACUCAUGGUGGUGUGCGCAAUAUUUCUUAUGAUGUCGCCCAUUAAUGCGUGCCAACACGGAGUUAUGCGACACUCCGCUGAACAAGUAUGCAAUGAACUAAAUCACUGCCAUCUUGAAUACAGCAGGGAGCUGCUGUUUAACAAGCUACAAUCCGAGCUCUGCAUAGAAAUAGUGCACUCGAAUAAGACGAUAGGAGUAGCAAAAAUCACUAAGAAAACGGUGAAUUUCAAGUGCACCAAAAAUAUCGAAUUUUUCACAAGGCCUACAAAAUUGCAAAUCUAUCAGGUGAAAAGAUGCGCCCUAGCGGGAUCAUGCACCACUGAGAAGUGCGAAACUAUAAGCCCAAACGAAACCAUUUCGGAACUCAAACGGGUAGCGAAGUAUCCUGGAUAUUCCGGGUGCUUGAACAGCUGUGGCGGAAUACUGUGCGGAUGUGGGCUAUCACUACCAGCCUGCUGGUUUUACAGAAUAGUUCACAAACCCAUAUCUCAGCGAUACUAUCGGUUCCAAAAACCGUCGCAUUACAUUGCAAACAAACGAUUUGCAUUGAACAGUAAUGCAUCUUAUAUCUUACCACCCGAUUUCCAAAUCCCAGUUGCGUGCAGUAGCUACGUUCAAGCGCAAAACGAUUUUUCGACGUGCACCAAUCAGAUACGGUGCAAUUGCGGAAAUUCGGUGCAUAACUGCCAAUGUCCAGACGACAGUAUUCGCAAACUACGUGAUCACACACAGCACACGUUACCCCUUAAAACACCGUAUGCAGAAAUAUUUGUAAACGACCAAGAUAUCUUUGCCUCUACCUAUGAGGAAGAAAUUGUCCUAAGAAUCGAGUCCACACUACUCCAGGAGUCCACAGAGUUAGUAGUAAACCAAGAAUGCGGGUUUCAAGAUCACUGA